GUGUGUACAUACAUACAUACUUACGUGUGAAAACGUAUUAUUUUUAGGAAAGCAUACACAUAUUGGAAAGCAGAGCCAUAGAUUUGGAAAAGCACGCGAACGAGCUUUUGGAAACCGUGUUCCGGGAUUCCGUUUGCUCGGAGGAAGUGCUUCGUCUUCAGGUAUUCGUCGAGGAUGCGUACGAGAGUUGCGUCGGGGUGAACGAAGCGAAUCUGGAUAGUUUCUCGAUGAUGAAAUGGAUCGAGAAGAUACACGACGACUUGAAUUUGAAGCUGGAUACUCUACCGCCGGAAGUGGUGAAGGCUGCCGAGAAAGAGGGCUUCAAGCAGGAGCUGAAGGUCAUGAAGCAGCAUGAGGAAGCCGCUAAGAAGUUCGAGCUUAUGCAACGAUUGCUGGUCUCCCUGAAACGCGCAAUGGAGCCACCUCCGACGAAGAAGAGGACUAUGAUGUGGCGAUCGCCUCCAAAAAUACACAAAUUGAAGGGACUGGCGGUGGCGCUGCAGCCAACCGAGGAGGAGAUGCAAUAUUUGACUUUCUUCACCGACUAUUGCAAAACGGAGGACUUCACCACGUAUCGCCCUCAAUUUCCGGACGAUUUUGAUCUGACGUUCAAGAAGCAAGAAAUUGUAGUGACCGAAACGGAAGAGGACGAGGAUGUUUUGAUAAAAAAAUUCGAAUGAUCGAAUUUCU